UUCUGCCCGUAAAGUUUGGGGCUGGGCGCCAUGGCCAAGAGCAGCUCCCUGAAUGUCCGCGUGGUGGAGGGCCGGGCGCUGCCCGCCAAGGACGUGUCUGGGAGCAGUGACCCCUACUGCAUCGUGAAGGUGGAUGACGAGGUGGUGGCCAGGACAGCAACUAUCUGGCGGAGCCUGAGCCCCUUCUGGGGGGAGGAAUACACCAUACACCUGCCCCUGGAUUUCCACCAUCUGGCCUUCUAUGUGCUGGACGAGGAUACAGUGGGGCACGACGACAUCAUCGGCAAGAUCUCGCUGAGCAGGGAAGCAAUUGCAGCCGACCCCCGAGGAAUUGAUAGCUGGAUCAACCUGAGCCGUGUGGACCCAGAUGCAGAGGUUCAGGGUGAGAUCUGCUUGGAUGUACAGAUGCUGGAGGAUGCACGGGGCCGUUGUCUUCGUUGUCAUGUGCUCCAGGCCAGGGACCUGGCCCCCCGGGAUAUCACCGGCACAUCUGACCCAUUCGCACGAGUGUUCUGGGGCAGCCAGAGUUUGGAGACGUCAACCAUCAAGAAGACCCGCUUCCCACACUGGGAUGAGGUGCUGGAGCUGCGGGAGAUGCCGGGUGCCCCAGCCCCACUGCGAGUGGAGCUCUGGGACUGGGACAUGGUGGGCAAGAAUGACUUCUUGGGCAUGGUGGAGUUCCCCCCACAGGUCCUGCAGCAGAACGCACCCAGUGGCUGGUUCCGUCUCCUGCCCUUUCCCAGAGCCGAGGAGGAUUCUGGGGGGACCCUGGGCGCGCUGCGGCUGAAGGUGCGCCUCAUCGAGGACCGCAUCCUGCCCUCCCGGUAUUACCAGCCGCUCAUGGAGCUGCUCAUGGAGUCUGUGCUGGGGCCGGCAGAGGAGGAUGCUGCUAGUCCCCUGGCUGUGCUGGAGGAGCUGACCUUGGGGGACUGCCGCCAGGACCUUGCCACCAAGCUGGUGAAGCUCUUUCUUGGCCAGGGCCGGGCUGGGCCCUUUCUGGACUAUCUCACCCGGCGUGAGGUGACCCGGACCACUGACCCCAACACCCUCUUCCGUUCUAACUCCCUGGCAUCCAAGGCAAUGGAACAGUUUAUGAAGCUCGUGGGCAUGCCUUACCUGCACGAGGUCCUGAAGCCGGUGAUUAACCGUGUCUUCGAGGAAAAGAAGUACAUGGAGCUGGACCCGUGCAAGAUGGACCUGGGCCGCACCAGGAGAAUCUCCUUCAAGGGCGCACCCUCAGAGGAGCACGUGCGGGACGCCAGCCUGGGGCUGCUGACCGGCUACCUGGGGCCCAUCGUGGAGGCCAUCGUGGGCUCCGUGGGGCGCUGCCCGCCUGCCAUGCGCCUCGCCUUCAAGCAGCUGCACCAGUGUGUGGAGGAGCGCUUCCCCCAGGCGGAGCACGAGGAUGUGAAGUACCUGGCCAUAAGUGGCUUUCUCUUCCUGCGAUUCUUUGCACCUGCCAUCCUCACCCCGAAGCUGUUUGACCUCCGGGAUCAGCAUGCAGAUCCCCAGACCAGCCGCUCACUGCUACUGCUUGCCAAGGCUGUGCAGAGCAUCGGAAACCUGGGCCAGCAGCUGGGCCAGGGCAAGGAGCUAUGGAUGGCCCCCCUCCACCCCUUCCUGCUGCAGAGUAUCUCACGUGUGAGACACUUCCUGGACCAGCUGGUGGAUGUGGAUGAGGAGGAGGAGGCUGGGGGCCCAGCUAGGGCCCUGGUGGCCCCCUCAGUGAUUGUUCGUGAAGGUUACCUGCUGAAGCGCAAGGAGGAGCCUGCCAGCCUGGCCACACGCUUUGCCUUCAAGAAGCGUUACUUCUGGCUCAGCGGGGAGACUCUCUCCUACUCCAAGAGUCCUGAGUGGCAGAUGCGCUCCUCCAUCCUGGUGUCGCACAUCCGCGCCGUGGAGCGUGUGGACGAGGGCGCCUUCCAGCUGCCGCACGUGAUGCAGGUGGUAACGCAGGACCCUGCCAGCGUGCUGCACACCACUUACCUCCAGUGCAAGAAUGUGAACGAGCUCAACCAGUGGCUGUCGGCUCUGCGCAAGGCCAGUGCCCCCAACCCGGACAAGCUGGCCGCCUGCCACCCCGGUGCCUUCCGCAGCUCGCGCUGGACCUGCUGCCUCCAGGCUGAGCGCUCAGCUGCUGGUUGCAGCCGCACACACUCGGCCGUCACCCUGGGGGACUGGAGCGACCCGCUGGAUCCCGACGCUGAGAUCCAGAUGGUGUAUCGGCGGCUGCUCCUGGGGCGGGACCAGCUCAGGAUGAAAUUCCAGGAGGAUCCCAACACAGAUUCAAGCCCAGAGGCAGACACAGGGGCCUGUCCCAAUGCCCUGGCCCGGCAAAGAGAGGCAGCCGCCCGCCUGCUGGAGGUGCUCGAAGAUCUGGACAGAGCCCAUGAAGAGUUCCAGCAGCGGGAGCAGCAGAAGGCAGCCCUGGGCCCCCUUGGGCACUGA